GAACUGGAAAGGCACCGGAGCAGCAAGGACAGAAGCUGGACUGAGUAUAUUCACUAGAAACAGCAGGCAGGAACUAUGACUGGGGCUGACUGGUUGUGUAGUUCCCGGGAGGAAUCUGCUAAACUGUGGGACUGGAACCAGACAUGGCACGAGGCUAUGCCAAGCCUUCCUCUAUGUUUCCGGAGAACUGUAUUGCUCUGGAUUCCUUGUGUCUUCCUUUGGAUCUCGUUUCCAUUCUAUUAUAUUUAUUGUCGGAAAAACAGCAGAGGAUAUAUCAGGAUGUCGGCUAUCUUCAAAGCAAAAAUUGUUGUAGGCUUCACCUUGAUAUUGUUGUUCUUUGUAAGCAAUCUCUACAUUCUUUGGAAGGCAAGCCAAGGGAUUUCACAGGCAACAGGGCUCAUCAUCAGUCCUGCUUUGCAGGUGGUCACAAUGAUCCUGGUGAUAUUUCUGAGCCAGAUGGAGCGACGGAAUGGUGUCCAGUCUUCAGGCAUUUUGCUGGUGUUUUGGUUGCUCUCUUUCCUCUCUGCAGCGAUCUGCUUUAGCUAUAACAUCCAACAUGCCCUAGAAGGUGGCUUCAGAGAAGACCCUUUCCAUCACGUUGCCUCGUAUAUUUAUUUCAUCUUGGUCUUGGUGGAGCUGGUGUUGUGCUGCUUCGUAGAUCCGCCUCCCUUCUUCUCCAAAGUUGGCACCGAUGCCAAUCUGUGCCCAGAAGCUGGUGCCUCUUUCGCUUCCAAAAUCACUUUUUGGUGGUUCAUUGGGCUGCUCUGGAAAGGACGUCGGCAGCCAUUACAUACAGAAGACCUGUGGUCACUAGCAAAAGAAAAUUCCUCUGCAGAGAUCCUUACCCAGAUUGAAAAUGCAUGGAAGCAAAAUUGUGCAGCAGUGAAGCAAACUGCACCAUCCAUGGGAUUCAGAAGUGAGCAAGGAAGUCAUGAAGAUGCUGAAGAGAGCACCAGGCUGCUUCCGGAUUCACACAGGGACAGCAAGCCGCUGCUGAAAGCUUUCUGGAGUGUGUUUGGAAUGUACUUUCUUCUCGGGACCCUUGCUUUAGUCGUCUGCGACAUCUUCUUGUUUCUGAUCCCAAAGGUAUUCAGUCUCUUCCUAGAUUUCAUCACCGACCGAGAAGCCCCUUCCUGGAAAGGUUAUUUCUAUGCAGUGCUGAUGUUCCUGUUCGCUUGUCUCCAGGCACUGUUUGAGCAGCAGUAUAUGUAUAUGUGUCUUGUAGUGGGCAUGAGGCUCAGGACAGCUGUUACAGGCCUUGUUUAUCGGAAGAUCUUAGUCUUGUCCAGUGUGGCCACCAAAGCAACGACUGUGGGGGAAAUGGUCAACCUGGUGUCUGUCGAUGUGCAAAAGCUGAUGGAUCUUGUUAUUUAUUUUAAUGGGACCUGGCUUGCCCCCAUCCGAAUUAUCAUCUGCUUUGUCUUCCUUUGGCAGCUCCUGGGACCGUCAGCCUUGACAGCAAUUGCUGUGUUUUUAUUUCUGUUGCCGCUGAACUUCAUGAUAACAAAGAAGAGAAGCCAGUUCCAGGAAGCUCAGAUGAGGCAUAAGGAUAAUCGUGCAAAGCUCACCAGUGCCAUCCUCAGUGACAUUAAGAUUCUCAAGCUUCAUGGCUGGGAGAAGAACUUUAUGGGCCAAGUAUUAGGCAUCCGGAUGCAGGAACUUCAAGCUCUCAAGACAUCUCAGUUUCUUUUCUCCGCAUCUCUGGCUUCUUUCCACUCAUCUACCUUUUUGAUUACCUUCAUCAUGUUCACAGUCUACACGCUGGUGGAUGAGAGAAACAUCUUGAAUGCCCAGAAAGCCUUUGUCUCCUUGGCCCUAGUCAACAUACUCAACACUGCUCAUUCUUUUCUUCCAUUUUCCAUUAAUGCAGUCAUGCAGGCAAAAGUUUCCAUAAACCGUUUAGCUGCCUUUCUUUCUCUUGAAGAGCUGGAUCAAACCCAGAUAGACUCUGGUUCUUUAGAGAGCAGCCGGGACUCUAUUAUUGUAAAGAAUGGAACCUUCAGCUGGGACAGAGAAAGUCCUCCAUGCCUUAAAAGGAUCAACCUCGCCAUACCUCAGGGCAGCCUGUGUGCUGUGGUUGGCCAGGUGGGUGCUGGGAAAUCGUCGCUACUCUCUGCAUUACUUGGCGAGCUGCGGAGAAUAGAAGGCUGUAUAGCUAUGAAGGGCACGGUUGCGUUUGUUCCCCAGAAGCCCUGGAUACAGAAUGCUUCAGUGGAAGACAACAUCACUUUUGGACAAGAGAUGGAUGGGCGAUGGUACAGCAGAGUGGUUGCAGCCUGUGCACUAGAGUUAGAUCUGGACAGCUUCCCUGCUGGGAAUCAAACUGAAAUUGGAGAGAAGGGUGUCAAUAUUUCUGGCGGGCAGAAGCAGAGACUCAGCUUGGCUCGAGCAGUCUACAGGAAGGCAUCCAUUUACCUUCUGGAUGACCCCCUCUCUGCUGUGGAUGCUGAGGUUGGCCAGCAUGUUUUUGAGCACGUCAUUGGACCCAAUGGAUUACUGAAGAACAAGACCCGCGUUCUGGUGACUCACGCCGCCCACAUUUUGUCCCAAGUGGAUAAUAUUAUUGUGAUAACUAAUGGAGAGAUCUCUGAAACAGGUUCCUGCCAAGAACUGAUGGAAAGGCAAGGAGCUUUUGCAGACUUUCUGAGGUCAUAUAACCCCGAAGAGAAAGAAGAUCGGGAUUUAGAAGGUCCAGAAAAUGUUAACAAGAUGACUUUCACCCACCAAGGAAAACAUGGAGAGUCUUCCAAGAGUUUGACUGAAGGAGAGGAGCACAAAUCAACAGCUGGGGAAAGAGCAGGAGCAGUGACCGAUGGCAGGGGAAAACAAACUGGCAGGGUGAAGGCUUCAGUCUAUUCGGACUAUCUGAGAGCAGCAGGCCUCCUCUUCUGGGCCUACGUCCUGCUCCUGUUCGUCUGUCAGCAAGUGGCCUCAUUCUGCCGGGGUUACUGGCUUAGCCUGUGGGCCAAUGACCCUGUUUAUAAUGGGACCCAGCAGCACACUGAGCUCCGCAUUGGCGUUUUCUUUUUCCUUGGAGUUGCUCAAGCCAUUGGCAAGUUUGGGUCAGUAGCCACAGUGUUCCUGGCCGGCGCAGUGGCCUCCCGCAAGCUCUUCCUGCAGCUUCUGUGGGACGUCCUUCGGUCUCCCAUGGCGUUCUUUGAGCAGACGCCCAGCGGCAACCUGCUGAACAGAUUCUCCAAAGAAAUGGACGCUAUUGACUCCAUCAUCCCGGACAAGCUGAAGUCCCUGCUGGGAUUCCUCUUCAACCUCCUGGAGAUCUACAUCGUGAUCUUAGUAGCCACACCUUUGGCUGUGGUGGCCAUCGUGCCUCUGACAGUCUUGUAUGCUGUCUUCCAGAGCUUCUUUGUCAACACCUCCUGCCAGCUGAAACGCCUGGAGGCGGCCAGCCGUUCCCCCAUCUAUUCUCACAUCUCCGAGACCUUUCAGGGGAGCAGCGUCAUCCGCGCUCACAGGGACCAGCGGCGUUUUAUCCUACGGAACAAUUUCAAAGUGGAUGAAAACCAGAAGGCCUCUUUCCCAGCUGUGGUGGCCGACAGGUGGCUUGCCACAAACUUAGAGUUCCUAGGGAAUGGCAUCGUCUUGUUUGCAGCCUUGCUUGCUGUGAUAAACAAACCGGACCUCAGUCCAGGGAUGGUUGGCUUUUCCAUUUCUUACGCUCUUCAGAUAACCGGCAUGUUGAACUGGAUGGUGCGCUCCUUGACAGAAAUCGAGAACAACAUUGUGUCUGUGGAGAGAGUGAGAGAUUAUUUAACCACACCCAAAGAAGCCCCCUGGACUCUCGACAAUAACCAUUUAAGUGAGGAUUGGCCGGUUGAAGGAAAGAUUGCAUUUAGGGGAUAUAGCUUGCGCUACAGACGAGAUUUAGAGUUAGCUCUGAAAAAUAUCAAUAUAAGGAUCAAUGGAAAAGAGAAGAUUGGCAUCGCUGGAAGAACAGGUGCUGGGAAAUCUUCCCUAGCAAUGGGCCUUCUGAGACUAGUGGAGGCUGCAGAGGGAGAAAUCUUGAUCGAUGGAGUCAACAUUGCCCAGCUAGGUCUGCAUGAUCUGAGAAGCAAGGUUACUAUUAUUCCUCAGGAUCCAGUUUUGUUUUCCGGUUCUCUAAGAAUGAACCUGGAUCCCCUCCAUGAAUACUCGGAUGAGGAUCUCUGGAACACUUUGGAACUGAUGCUGCUCAAAAACUUUGUGUUGGAUCUGUCUGACCAGUUGGCCUACGAGUGCUCUGAAGGAGGUGGAAAUCUGAGUGUCGGCCAGCGACAGCUCCUUUGCCUAGCACGAGCUCUGCUUCGGAAAACGAAGGUCCUGGUUCUAGAUGAGGCCACAGCAGCAGUGGACCUGGAGACAGAUCUGCAGGUUCAAGAGACCAUACGGACUCACUUCAGCCACUGCACUGUGCUCACCAUUGCCCACCGGCUCAAUACCAUCAUGGACUAUGACAGGAUCUUAGUCAUGAAAGAUGGCCAAGUGGCAGAAUUUGAUACUCCAGAGACACUAAUAGCCCGGAAGGGGCUGUUCUACAGAAUGGUGGAAGAACUGGGGCUGGUCUGAUGACUGAGCCCAGGAAUCGGCUUCUGUGUUGCUGUCGCCCGAAAGAUGCCUCUUUCUCUAACGUGUUGUUAUUAAUGUUCAUUGGAAAGCACUUUACACAUUGAAUGACAGAUCAAUGUUUCUCUUUGCAGUAGUUCAGUGGGGAGCUCAUGGUUGUUCUUAUACUACAGGAGGGGGCAGAAACUGAAAGAGUGGCUAACCAAUUACCUUUCAGUGAAUCCCUGGGAACCUCAGCCCAGAUUUCCUUGGCUUAAUUCCCACACCCUGUAAACUGGACCACUGAAGCGACACCUGCUCACCUUUGGGCCUCCUGCAGAUGUUGGCCUACAACCCCCAUAAUCCCUGGCUAUUGGCCAUUACAACUGCAUGGGAGUUGUAGGCAAACAUCUGCAGGGCCGAAGCUGAGCAGAGCUGGGUUAUAGAGAACUGCAGUAGCAUUUCUACUGCCUCCUUGAGACACCUGCACCUGCACACAGUGAGGAACAUUCACAUUAUUUGCUGUGCUUCAGGUUGUGGAACUGACAUCAAGGUGGUUGUAGGGGCUGCCACCCCAUGGGUGGCACAUAACACUAGAACCAGGGGUUAUCCCAUGAAAUUGAUUGCCAAGACAUUUAGGAUCAACAAAAGGAAGCCCUUUUUCACACAAAGCAUCAUCAGCUUGUGGAAUUCUCUGCCACAAGAUGUGGUGACAGCCAACAACCUGGAUGGCUUGAAGAGGGGUUUGGAUAACCAUGGAGGAGAGGUCUAUCAAUGGCUACUAGUCUGAGGGCUAUAGGCCAACUCCAGCCUCAAAGGCAGGAUGCCUCCGAGUACCAGUUGCAGGGGAGUAACAGCAGGAGGGAGGGCAUGCCUGCAGCUCUUGCCUGUGGGCUUCCCAGUGUCAUCUGGUGGGCCACCGUGUGAAACAGGAUGCUGGACUUGAUGGGCCUUGGGCCGGAUGCAGCAGAGCUGUUCUCCUGUUCUGAUAACCCCUGCUCCGCAUAGAGUAGUGGUUAGACUGUUGGACUAGGAUCAGGAAGACCUGAGUUCAAAUCCCCAUUCAAACUGUGAAACUCACUGGGUAACUCUGGGCUAGUCAUCUGUCUGUCAGCCUGACCUACCUCACAGGGUUGUUGUGAGGGUAAAAGCGACCAUGUACAUUGCUCUGAGCUCCUCAGAGGAAGAGUGGGAUAUAAAUGUAAAAAAUAAAAUAAGAUAACUUUGAGCAAACCUGUGGCUUUGACCUGUCCACUAGGUCUGGAAGGAGGCAAGGCAAGUCUGGUUACAGGACCCUGGACAGCUCCAUGGGACAACUUGACAUUCUUGCCAACAUAUCCCUAUUUUCCCAGUCAGUGAAUGGGAAAAUACAGACAUGUUGGCAGGUAUGACUUUAUCUGACUGCAGACUGAAUAUGAAUAUGAAGAAUAUUUAUAUACCGCUUUUCAACGGAAGUUCCCAAAGCAGUUUACAUAGAUAUAAUUAAAUCAAUUAAAUGGCUCCCUGUCCCCAAAGGGCUCACAGUCUAAAACAGAUAAGACAAGACAGACCCCAGCAACAGCCACUGGAGGGAUGCUGUGCUGGGGAUGGAUAAGGGCAGUUGCUCUCCCCCUGCUCAGUAAAGAGAAUCACCACUUUUUAAAGGUGCGUCUUUGCCCAUUUAGCAGGCUUUGCUCAGUUUGGAGCCAAUAAUAAAGCUCUUAAACGCCUCUGAACUCAGACUGGGCCCCAUCUCCCAUCCUGGAGAGUUUAUUGUUAUCUUGCUUCAAUCCUUACAAAAGUGCUGCACAACUUUGGCCCUCCUGCAGAUGUUGGCCUACAUGCCCCAUAAUCCCUGACUAUUGGCCGCUGUGGUUGGGGACUAUGGGAGUUGUAGUCCAAAAGUACCUGGAAUACCAAAGUUGUGCAGCCCUGCCUGACAACAAUCUUGUAAGGUAGGCCAGUGUUAUCCUCAUAUUGCAGGUAGAAUGACUGAGGCUGGGUGAGCAUGUUUUGCCCAAAAACACUCUCAUGGCAGAAGUAAGAUUGGUAGCUGCAACAUCCUGAUCUGUAGCUCAGUCUCCUAGCUUUCGUGCUACUCUGUGAUGACAUCCUCAGUGUAUUUCUAUUGUACUGGCUUGUAAUUCACUUGAAAAGACCAAAUAAAAUUGCCCAUUGAUCAAUA